AUGAACUCCCAGCCCGUCGUCAUCGUCUCUGCUGCACGGACACCAAUUGGGUCCUUGAAUGGUGCUCUGUCCACGGUGCCUGUGCACGACCUGUGCUCAGUGGUGAUCAAGGAUGUUCUGAAGCGGGCUGGGGUGAACCCAGAAGAGGUCUCUGAGGUUAUCAUGGGACACGUCCUAACAGCAGGUCACGGGCAGAACCCGGCACGUCAGGCCAGCGUCGGGGCAGGUAUCCCCUACCCUGUCCCGGCGUGGAGCUGUCAGAUGGUGUGUGGGUCUGGGCUGAAGGCCGUGUGUCUGGGAGCUCAGUCCAUUCAGGCCGGAGAGGCCACUGUGGUGGUGGCAGGGGGCAUGGAGAGCAUGAGCAGGGCUCCUCACACACUGCAAAUGAGAGCAGGAGUGAAGAUGGGCGAUGCCUCCCUGCAGGACUCGAUGGUGGCAGACGGCCUGACGGACGCCUUUCACGGCUACCACAUGGGCAUCACAGCGGAGAAUGUGGCUAAGCAGUGGGGUGUCAGUCGAGAGGAGCAGGACCGGUUUGCUGUCCAGUCCCAAAACAAAACAGAGGCUGCACAGAAAGGAGGACAUUUUGAUCAGGAGAUUGUCUCCGUCGUGGUGCCAUCCAGAAAAGGUCCAGUGGAGGUGAAGGUGGAUGAGUUUCCUCGCCACGGCAGCAACAUGGACAGCAUGUCCAAACUCAGACCCUGCUUCAUCAAGGACAGCAGUGGCACCGUCACCGCCGGAAACGCCUCAGGUAUAAAUGAUGGAGCCGCAGCAACUGUCUUAAUGAGCCAGUCGGAGGCUUUGAGGCGUGACAUUAAACCGAUGGCCAGAAUCGUUUCGUGGGCUCAAGCCGGUCUUGACCCGUCUAUCAUGGGAACUGGACCAAUACCAGCCAUCAGGAAAGCGGUUGAGAAAGCAGGCUGGCAGCUGGACCAGGUGGACUUAUUUGAGGUCAACGAAGCAUUCGCUGCCCAGUCCAUUGCUGUGGUCAAAGAGCUUGGCCUAAAUGUAGACAAGGUGAAUGUAAGCGGUGGUGCCAUUUCUCUGGGCCAUCCCAUUGGUAUGUCUGGCUGCAGAGUGCUGGUGACCCUGCUGCACGCACUCCAGAGGACUGGAGGACAGAAGGGAGUGGCAUCCCUCUGCAUUGGAGGAGGGAUGGGCAUUGCCAUGUGUGUGGAGAGAGUUUGAGAUAAAUGUUCAAUGUUGCUUUAUGGAUUGCCCUCAAUCUUUUUUUUUUUCCUUUCUUUUAAUGGAUGGGGUAUACAAUAUAAAACGGUGACAGUUUACCUGGGUUCUUGCAAUCACUGUAUCUGAGGCAAAUUGAUGUAAUUGUGAUUGCUGGAUAUUCAACAACAGCUUGCCAUUCUCACUGUGAACUUAACUUAAAUUCAAACUCUCAGGUUCGAGCCGUGGAGCAUGUCACUUAAUGUUAGGACUUCAGAAGUCUAAAUGAUAAUGACUACUGAGUCUAUAAAUAACAAAUAGUAUCUUAAAAUUGCUCAACAACUUGGUGUUAGAUUUUCAUUAAAGGCACUAAACUGCAGUCAGAACUUGAUGGAUGUUUCCCUUUAAAACCAGCUGCUGUAUAACAAAGCAAAGCACUUAAACUCUAAAGGCAAAGCUUAUGAUCCCAGUAUGGAGAGGCUGAGGAAGAUACACUAUUUUCUCUGUAAAGCAUGAUUUUUAACUUGUGGUGUAAUUUGACAAUUGUAAUAAGUAUUACAUAGAUUUUGCUUGGUCUAAAAAUCUGAUACUGAUACGCAUUCCAAUAUCUUCCCAUGUGGAAUUGGACCACCUUUCUCUGAUCAGUUGUGCAGACAGCAGCCUCGAAACACAGCUAAGUGCCAUAAGGUUAAGUACGCUCACCUUCUCUAAGAUAGUGCUUCCUGUACAUAGCCUUGUUUGUAAAAAUAUUUCCUGUGUUCUAACUGUUCGAAAAAUCAAUAAAGAAUUAAAAGCCAUAAGAGUCA